AUGGAUGCAGCUAAGAGGGGCACCGACAGGGAGAGGGUGAAGCUGGAGUUCUCCAAGUGCAACAUCAGCUAUGGGGAGAGCCAGCCGCUCUCUGUGCUGCACGGCUGCCCGAGCUCCACCGCGCUUUCACUCGCCGACAUUCCCUCAGAGAGCAUCUCAGUACCCAUCAACACCAUCCCAGACCCACUUGCACCACCCACCAAUUGCACCACCAACACCACCACCACCACCGGCACUACCACCGCCACUGCCACUGCCGCCACCGCCGCCACCACCACCGGCACUGAUACCGGUGCUGGCUCUGGGAGCAGCAAUGCUGGGGGUGGUAAAGGAGCAGCAGGAGCAGCAGCAUUGCACGGGUCCCGUGCUGCUCUGCUGGUAACCGUUGCGGUUGUUGGGAUUGCAAUCCUACUCUAG